AUGCUUCGUCUGCGUCCAGUCCCUCUGUCAGUAAUAAGGAGGAUUUCUAAGUCCAACAAGAGCACUACUUCAAGUGCUCAUCCUGAAAUCCAGGAGCUGGAAGAUGGAAGAAUUGUUCAUACUGGAAUGCCAUUUGCUCAUGCAAAAAUUGGAAACUUUUUUCAAGAGAAGCCUGAGCUGGGUAACCAGUUUGUUGAAGACAGUCUGUUACAGUCAUAUUUAAAGAGAAAUAUACCACAGGAGCUCUACUCUAAAAUACAAAAAGAUUUAAAGAAAUUUGGACAGAGAGUAGUCACUGAUAUUUACUCACUACAUCUCCAAUGUGAUAGAGAACUACCCCAGUUAGAACAAUGUGAUGCCUGGGGUAAUAGAGUUGAUAAAUUAAUCACAUCACAUGCAUGGAAACAAAUGCAUGACAUCUCAGCUGAAGAAGGAUUGAUAGCUAUAGCUUAUGAAAGGAAGUUCAAAGAAUGGAGUCGGCUUUACCAAAUGGCCAAAAACUACUUAUUUUCCCCAUCUGCUGGGUUAUAUUCCUGUCCACUGGCUAUGACAGAUGGUGCCUCCAGUAUUAUUGAGGCUAUUGGUGAUAAGAAUGAUUGGUUAAAACAACGAGCAUGGUUGAGAUUAACGAAUCGUGAUCCCAAACAAUUCUGGACGUCUGGUCAGUGGAUGACAGAACGCAAAGGAGGCUCUGAUGUAGCAAGAGGAACUGAAACAUUAGCUCAGUUACAGCCUGAUGGAAGCUAUACCUUACAUGGUUAUAAAUGGUUCUCAUCUGCCACUGAUGCAGAUAUGGCCUUCACUCUGGCUCGACCUCUGGAUAAAGAUGGUUUAUCUUUCAACGGAACAAGUGGCCUGUCUUUGUUUUAUUUGGAAAUCAGAGAUGAAAGUGGUAAUUUAAACAACAUUCAGAUACAGAAAUUAAAAAAUAAACUUGGUACAAAACAGGUUCCUACUGCUGAAUUGUUGUUGGAUGGUACCAGAGCUUUUAAGGUAUCUGAUGAUGGUAGAGGGGUAGCCUCUAUAUCUAAUAUGCUAACAAUCACCAGAAUGCACAAUGCUAUGUCUGCUGCUAGUGGCAUGAGAAGAAUUGUAAACAUGGCUAGAGACUAUACCACUAGAAGAACAGCUUUUGGUAAUGUUUUAAAAGAUUAUCCUCUACAUAUACAAACAUUGGCUAGAAUGGAGGUAGAGACAAGGGCAGCAACUCUGUUUUUCUUAGAGAUGUCCAGGUUAUUGGGUAAAGAAGAUAGUGAAACCAUUAGUAAUGAAGAAAAACAGUUGUUUAGGUUGAUGACUCCAGUGUUAAAACUAUAUACAGGAAAACAGGCAGUAGCUGUAACAUCAGAAGGUCUAGAAUGUUUUGGAGGUCAAGGUUAUAUUGAAGAUACUGGGUUACCAGGCAUGCUCAGAGAUGCCCAGGUAUUAACAAUAUGGGAAGGGACCACCAAUAUUUUAUCAUUAGAUGUUCUGCGGGCAUUAAACAAGUCCAAAGGUCAAGCUUUAAAGUCUUACUAUGAUGUGAUAGAUUCCAAAUUAAAUUCUAUUAAUAAUGAAACAUUAGAAGUUAGUGUUGAUAGAGUUCAACAAGCUGCUGGAAGUAUUUUAAAAUUCGCUAGUCAAAAUACAGAUAAUGUUGAAAUGGCUGCUCGAGAUUUUUCUUACAGUUUGGCCAGAACAUAUAUGGGAGCAUUAAUGUUAGAACAAGCUAAUCAAGUUGACAGCACACCUCAAGAUGUCUAUGCUGCUAACAGAUGGUGUGAACAAGACUUGUGUCCAGUUAUAAAACAUAAAUCAAAAGAUAUCUACUCUAAACAAAUAGCAGAUUCUAAUUUUCAACUGGUAUUUGAUGGAUAUUCUCGCCCUAGUCGACUAUAAACAAUUUGAUAAAACCUAUCAGACCUGAAACCAACGGGUAUCAAAUUACCAUUCGCAUUUGAUUCCCUGUAUUCUUAUGCUUUGUAGUCUUAAGAUAUUCAGCAAUGAGUAAAUGACUUAAUAAAAACCCGAAAAGAAGUCCACAAAGCUCUAUUAAAAUCAGAUUUGUGUCUUGAUCAUUUCAUUAUCAAAUAAUCGAUUUUGUCUUCCUUUUAAAGAGUCUGUACUGUUUAUAAUGUUUAUGAGGUACAAUAAUAAAAUAUUUUUACUCAGUGCUCAAUACAUUAAUUCCAAAGUUUAUGUAUAAUGAUUUUUUUUUUCUUGUUAUAUUUAUUGUAAUUAUAUUGUUUACUGUUAAUUUUCAAAUUAAACUGAAAGUUCCUAUG